AUGAGUUGCCAACCUUUUACUUCGGCUGAUACCUUUAUACCUCUUAAUUCUGAGUCUUCGGCAACUCUGCCUCUGAUAAUGCAUCACAGCGCUGCCGAGUGCCUACCGGUCUCCAACCAUACCACCAAUGUGAUGUCUACAGUCCCAUCUAUUUUGUCUUUGAUUCAAACUUCUAAAUGCUUGCGUACAUAUUUCCCGGUGACAACGUUGGAAAACACAGCAACAGGACUUCAUUACUCUGUUCCUUCCUGUCAUUAUGGAAAUCAGCCAUCAACCUACGGAGUGAUGGCAGGCAGCUUAACCCCUUGUCUCUAUAAGUUUCCUGACCACACCUUGAGCCAUGGCUUUCCACCCAUGCACCAGCCUCUCCUGGCAGAGGACCCCACGGCCCCUGAUUUCAAGCAGGAACUCAGACGGAAAAGUAAAUUGGUUGAAGAGCCAAUAGACAUGGAUUCCCCGGAAAUUCGAGAACUUGAAAAGUUCGCCAAUGAAUUUAAAGUGAGAAGAAUUAAGUUAGGGUACACCCAGACAAAUGUUGGGGAAGCCCUGGCCGCGGUGCAUGGCUCGGAAUUCAGUCAAACAACUAUCUGCCGAUUUGAAAACCUGCAGCUCAGCUUCAAAAAUGCAUGCAAACUGAAAGCGAUAUUGUCUAAGUGGCUGGAGGAGGCUGAGCAAGUGGGAGCUUUAUACAAUGAAAAAGUGGGAGUAAAUGAAAGGAAAAGGAAACGGAGAACAACUAUAAGUAUUGCUGCAAAAGGUGCCCUGGAGAGACACUUUGGAGAACAGAAUAAACCCUCCUCUCAAGAGAUCAUGAGGAUGGCUGAAGAACUGAAUCUUGAGAAAGAAGUAGUAAGAGUUUGGUUUUGCAACCGAAGGCAGAGAGAAAAACGGGUGAAAACAAGUUUGAAUCAGAGUUUAUUUGCUAUUUCCAAGGAAAAUCUUGAGUGCAGAUAA